AUGGGAGGUAGUCCUGCCGGCUUAAGCGCUGCUUUAUUCAUCGUUCGUCAAGCGCACUCGACGCUUCUUACUGACUCUGGUGAAUAUCGAAACGGGAAUAGUCCAAUUCACACUGUUCCUAUAUAGGACCACCGUCAACCAAGUGACUUUCGGGCAGCCGCAAGAAAAGACUUUGAACGUUAUGGAAGUGUUAUAAUUGAGAAUACUAGAGCCACAGCAGUGAAGAAACUUGACGACGGACUCUUUGAAAUUACGGGUGCUGCUGGCCAGGUGUGGAAAGGCCGGAAGGUAGUCUUAGCGACUGGAGUCCAAGAUAUCUUUCCAGAUAUUAAAGGCUAUACUAAAUGUUAG